AUGGCGGUGCCCCAAGGACCCACCCCUGCGCGGACCGCGGAGCCACACACCCAGGAGCCCAGCUCGGACAGCAGAACCAGUCACCUCUCAUUCUGUACGAAGGUGUGCUAUGGUCUUGGUGGAAUCCCCAACCAGGUGGCCUCCAGUGCCUCAGCCUUUUACCUGCAGCUCUUCCUACUUGAUGUGGCACAGAUCCCUGCUGCCCAAGUAUCACUUGCCUUGUUUGGAGGGAAGGUGUCUGGGGCAGUUGCUGACCCUGUUGCUGGCUUCUUCAUCAACAAAAGCAGGAGGACAGGGUCUGGACGGCUGAUGCCCUGGGCACUGGGCUGCAUGCCUUUAAUCGCCCUGGCCUACUUCUUUCUGUGGUUCCUGCCCCCAUUCACCAGCCUGCGUGGCCUCUGGUAUACCACCUUCUACUGCCUGUUCCAAGCCCUGGCUACGUUCUUCCAGGUGCCCUACACAGCUCUCACCAUGAUCCUCACCCCCAGCCCCAGGGAACGAGAUUCUGCCACAGCGUACAGGAUGACCAUGGAGAUGGCAGGAACACUGAUGGGAGCCACCGUCCAUGGGCUCAUCGUGUCUGGUGCCCACACAUCCCAGCAGUGUGAGGAUGCUGUGCUCCUCACAAGCAAUACUGUCUCCCCAGAUGCAGCUCGUCUCUAUUCCAUUGCGGCCGCUGUGGUUGCUGUGACUUACCCUGUGUGUGGGAGUUUACUGUGCCUAGGAGUGAAGGAGCAGCCAGACCCCUCUGUCCCAGCCUCAGGCCAAGGCCUGAGCUUCCUGACUGGUCUGGCUGUCACUACCCGGCACCCGCCCUACCUGAAUCUGGUUGUCUCCUUCCUGUUCAUCUCAGCUGCUGUUCAGGUGGAGCAGAGCUACCUGGUCCUGUUUUGUACACAUGCCUCCCGGUUACAUGACCAUGUCCAGAGCCUGGUGCUAACCAUCCUGGUCUCAGCUGUGCUGAGCACCCCACUGUGGGAGUGGGUUCUCCAGAGAUUUGGGAAGAGGACAUCAGCAUUUGGGAUCUGUGUGAUGGUGCCUUUUUCAAUCUUGCUGGCUGCUGUGCCCUCUGCACCCGUGGCCUAUGUUGUGGCCUUUGUCUCUGGAGUGAGCAUUGCUGUGUCCCUGCUGCUACCCUGGUCUAUGCUACCAGAUGUGGUGGAUGACUUCCAGCGGCAGCACCGGCAUGGCCCAGGAGUGGAGACCAUCUUCUACUCAUCCUAUGUCUUCUUCACCAAGCUUUCAGGCGCAGGCGCCUUGGGCAUCUCCACCCUCAGUCUGGAGUUCGCAGGGUAUGAAGCAGGAGCCUGCCAGCAGACAGAGGAGGUGGUGGUCACUCUCAAAGUCCUCAUCGGUGCUGUGCCCACCUGCAUGAUCCUUAUUGGUCUGUGCAUCCUCAUAGCUGGGCCCGCUCCCAAGAUGCCAAGCCAGGACACCUCCUGCCAGCUAAGCCUUCGGAGGAGGACCAGCUACCUUGCCUGAGGGGACUUCUGAGAGUGGAAAGCCAAAGCCUGUACUUUCUGGAACUCCUUCUCCUUCGCCCUUGAGCACAUACCUAGCAGCUUAGCACACAUUUUCCAUGUGGGAUGGAGACUUCAAUGACAUCUCCUGAAGGGGCUGGCCAGGGCCCCAGGAACCCUACCUGACAUCUCUUGCCCAUUCCCUACCAGCCCUCUCAGGCUUAUACCCCUGACUACACCGCCACCUUCAGGACGUCUUGGACAUGGAGAACAUCUG